UCUACUUGUCAACAAAUAGUACGACCACAGAUAUAUUUGCUGUUAACCUCAUUGACGUUUUUCGUUGUCGAAAAUCAAAACAAAAUGACCACAGCCGCGAGACCCACAUUCGAACCAGCCCGUGGUGGCUCGGGCCGCAACGAGAAAGAUUUGAGCGCAAUUUCGAGACAAUAUUCCAGCAGAGAUCUGCCAGGACACACCAAACUCAAAUACAGAGAACAUGGCCAAGGCACAAUUGAGGAAACCAGAAGCAGAGACUUCCGUAAGGAGCUGGAAGAACGUGAACGUGAAAAACGAAGCGGGACGAGACCUUCUGAACACAGCAAAAGGUUGAAGAUUGAUCAAGUGCCUGCCGCCAGUUUAGACGCAGACGAUCCGCUGGACGAAGAUGAUUCAGACUCCAGUGAUGACGAUGAGAGCACUGAAGCACUUCUGGCUGAAUUGAACAAAAUUAAAAAAGAAAGGGCAAUGGAAAUGGCCAAGAAGGAAAUUGAGAGACGGCAAGAAGAAGAGAGGAUCAGGAUGGAAAAUAUUUUGAGUGGCAAUCCUUUACUGACACAUUAUUCAGCUGGUUCAAACAAAGCUGAGCAUAAAGUUAAAAGACGGUGGGAUGAUGAUGUUGUGUUCAAGAACUGUGCUAAAUCAGAACCAGAGAAAAAGACCAAUGUUUUCAUCAAUGACUCACUCAGAUCUGACUUCCAUAAAAAAUUUAUGGAGAAAUAUGUUAAAUAAAUUAUUAGUCUAGGUUUAAUGUACAAAUACACGUUCUGAAUGAGAAAUAAAUAAAGAAGAGUUUUGAUAGUUUUGAAUUUGUGUUAAUGAAAUAUUGAGUUUCACAUCAUACAGUAGGGAAUAGUGAAUUUAAUUUAAACAUAAAUUGUAUUUUGUAUAUAUUUUAACUUAAAAGUUUUCAAUAAUUGGGUAUUAUUGUAUAUGAAGAAGGCACAUUUUGUAAUUAAUAACUAAUUUGUUAUAUUCAGUGUUUCAAUAAAACUAUUUUGUAAUAUGA